AUGACUUUAAUUCCGUUUCUAAAUCCGUUUCUGAAUUUUGAAACGGAAUUAAAUCCGACAGCUGGUUUUGAAAUCAUCUUCCCUUCAAUGCUCAAUGAAGCUAAGAACAUCAGACUUGCACUUCCUUAUGACCUCCCUUGUAUUGAGAAGAUUCACAUUAUGAGGGAGAAGAAAAUUAAAAGGAUCCCUUUGGACGUGAUGCAUUCAGUUCAUACUACAUUGCUAUACUCCCUGGAAGCACUGCAAGACGUGGUCCAAUGGGAUAAGAUUAUGAAGCUGCAGUGUGGAAAUGGGAGUUUCCUUAAUUCUCCCUCAGCCACUGCUGCAGCUUACAUGAUGACUGGUGACACCAAGUGUUUAGAGUUCCUGACAUUUAUUGUCAAUCAUUUUGGUGAUCACGCUCCGUGCGUAUAUCCUAUUGACAUUUUUGAUCGCAUUUGGAUGGUUGAUACAAUUCACAGACUGGGCAUUGAUCGCCAUUUCAGUGAAGAAAUUUCUGAUGUUCUUGAUUAUGUGUACAGGAACAAUGGCAAACGAGGAGUGUCCUGGGGAAGAGACAUUACACUCCCUGAUAUCGAUGACACAUGCAUGGCCCUUCGGUUAAUGAGAAUGCAUGGUUAUCCCAUUUCUCCAGAUGUCCUGGAGCUCUUCAAAGAUGACAAUGGAAAUUUCAUAUGCUUCCCUGGAGAGACACAUCAAGGGGUUUCAGAUAUGUUUAACUUGUGUAGAUUGUCUCAGAUUUCAUUCCCUGGAGAGAGAAUUUUAAGAGAGGCCAAGGCCUUUGCAGAGGACUAUCUCAAAUCUUGUGCACAACACAACCUAGUGGAAGAUAAGUGGUCUUUAAAGAAAUCCUUAAAGGAAGAGAUUAACCAUGUUAUGCAAAAUCCGUGGAUAAAAAGCCUUCAGAGACUUGAUGUAAGAGAGUACAUUAAGCACUAUGGUGAGAAUGAUGUAUGGAUGGGCAAGACUGUAUACCAAGUUUCCAAUGUCAAUAAUCCCAUUUUUAUGGAACUUGCCAAGUUAGACUACAACAUGCUGCAGAGUAUGUACCACAAAGAGAUGAAUUUUAUUCUUCGAUGGUGGGAAAAUUGCGACUUUGAUGAAUCUUUAGUGUCGUCUGUAUUUCCUAAGAAGGUGUAUUAUGCUAUCGCCGCAGCAGUUUAUGAGCCAGAAUAUGCAGCGUGUAGAUCAGCCUAUGCAAAGAUCAACUGUAUUGAGAACAUCCUGAGAGAUCUUUUUGAGAGACAUGAAUACCUUCACGAAUUGAGACUAUUUUGUCAAGCAGUUGAACAAUGGAAUCAAUCGCUUGCGUGUAGUCUCCCAUUUAAACUGAAGGGAUUAUUCAUGGCAAUGCAUGACACGUUGAAUGACCUGGCAAUCCAGGCUAGCAAUGCACAAGGAAGGGACAUUUUUCCAUACUUACAUGACAUCAGAGUGAAGCAGGCUGAGGCAUACAUGAGGAACAGGGAAUUGAGAGAGGAUGAUAAGCUGAUGGAGUCAAUGAGCUUCGAGGAAUACAUGGAACACAAGAAAGAAGUGAGUGGUGUGAGCAUGAGAGUUGUUCCUGCCAUGUUUCUCAUGGGGAAGCAACUUCAGGAUCAUACUCUUCAAUGCCUGGACAGCCGCUCCAAGUUCCAUGACAAGAUGGCCCUGUUCUUAAGCCUGUUGGAUGAUGUCACAAAACACAAGGUGUAUAUUAUAUCGUUUAACUGUGAUUAUCAUUACAAAUAG